AUUGCCGUCCAGUUUGGGAACAGCAAGGCCACCCCGCCGCCAGUGUCCAAGAUCUGCACCCAGUGCGAGAUGGAGCACAAGGCGGACGGCAUGAUGGAGCAGAUGUGCUCCAGUGACUUUGUGGUGAAGAUGCGCAUCAAAGAGAUGACGGAGGAGAACGGGGAGCGACGGCUGGUGGCCGCCCAGAAGAAGAAGGUGCUGAAGCUGGGCCCGCUCAAGCGCAAGGACACCAAGAAGAUGGUGCUGCACAUGAGGAACGCAGGUGCCUGCCCCUGCCCCCAGCUUGACAGCCUCAGCGGCAGCUUCAUAGAUAAGGUGGGCAGCCGCCUGCUCCUCCUUGCUGUCUACCCCUGGCAGAAGCACAACAAGGAGAUGAAGUUUGCCGUCAAGUUCAUGUUCUCCUACCCCUGCCCCCUCUACCACCCCCUGCUCUAUGGGGCCAGGCAGCACUAG